AUGAAGCUGCUCUACCAAUUUGUCCUGGGUUUGGUCCUGCUCCUCGCCAUAAUGAGUUCUUUGACUCGUGCUGAUCCUUCGGAAGACAACAAGUCGAAUGAAUCCCUAUCGGGAAAUUCGGAGUCGGAUGGAUCUGUGCCCGAUGACGCCCAGCAGGAUUACCUAAAUGUGGCCGACUUUACCACCGCUUCUCCUCCAUGGUGGUGGAAUUGA